GUCGCAGCAGGUUUACGUGAUGUCAACAGAGGCGAGCUUAAGGCCAGGGACCACAUUAACCCGCAGACACGCCUCUCCUACGCUCUAUAAAAACGUCUGAGGCGCGCACCGUCGGCACCCACUCGCUUCCACCCUGAUCUUCGUCGCUGCCUCUCCUGUCUCCUCGUCAUCAUGUGCGAUCUCGGAGGUAAAGUCGGUGACCUGAAGAAGGCUUUCGAUGAGUACGCCGGGCGGGAGGGCGACCCCAACACUCUGACCAAGAGGGAGUUGAAGGCGAUGAUUCAGGACAAGAUGGGACCAGCUUUGAAGGAUGCCAAGUGCCCAGACAAGCUGGAUAAGAUCUUCGAGUGCAUGGACAAAAACGGAGACGGAGAAGUGGACUUCGCAGAGUUCAUGCAGGCGAUAGGGAUGUUGAUGAGCGCGGUCCACGGCUGGCAUGCCAAGGGCCCCAAGUCUUAAGCGUUACCUGGUUUUGCUAAAUAAAGGAAUU